GAUAGUGUAACCUAACCUAAAUGCGAAGCUGACAUGCCGGCAGAGUGGAAAUGAACACCUUGAAGCAUAAGCCAGAAAAGAGGUAUAUAUCGUAGGGCGAUAGACGUGUUGAGGGACCAACAGAACCAUCAAACAACUUACUUUCGUUCAUUCACAAGCAUCUGCAAGCCCACAACAGUAAUCCCAAACUUUCCUUUCCUUCUUUUCAUACCUUUAAUGAAAACCACCACAAUGCUUCACCUCGCAGCUUACAUCAUGAUGCCGUGGGCGGCCAUGGCUGCCCCAACACCAGACACCAGCUCCACCACCACUUCCGGUUCAUCGCAUGUCGCAUUGAACACAACCAGCCUCGGCCCUUCAGUCGCGAUCGGUCCGGAUAGGUCUGGCAACAUAGACUUGAUCAACGCUCUCACGCAAGCAGCCACCGCGGCCGAUCGGUUGAAUCUGUUGCCCAACAUGAGCGACCAUGUGUACGACUUCAACAACCCUCCUGUUGACUCGGCCAUGACCGUCGGCAAUGGAGGUCACACUGUCAAAGCAGACCGCAAGGAGUUCCCAGCCUUGAUCGGCAACGGCGUCUCCAUGACUUUGGGCUUCAUCGGCCCUUGCGGCUUCAACACGCCCCACACGCACCCAAGAUCCGCCGAAAUCAACAUCAUUGUCGAAGGAUCUCUUGGAACGGAAUACGUCCUUGAGAACGGCGCUCCUCUCAUCCGAAACCGUCUGGACAAGUACCAGAUGACCGUCUUCCCUCAAGGUUCCAUCCAUACAGAGUGGAACCCAGACUGUACUGACGCCGUCUUUGUCGCUGGCUUUGCCUCCGAAGACCCUGGUGUGCAACAGUCUGCUCAAAGGCUCUUUGAUCUGGACGACGACCUGUUGCAAGCCACUUUUGCCAGUGACUUUACCUUUGACGGCCGCGAUAUUGAUCAAUUCAGGAAGCUGAUCCCGUCCAAUGUGGCUAACGGCGUCGAGUCAUGUCUGGCCAAGUGCGGAAUCCCCAAGCGAUGAUUUUCUUUUUGUCCUUUAGCUCAUGAAAGUUACAUGUACAUAGUUAGGUCCCAAAUGUUUAAUGUUUAGAUUUCUGUUAACCUAAACAAUCUUUGAUAAGUAAUUCUCCUCCAACA